AUGAGGAGGAUCAUGGUCGACACGGGGAGCUCGGCCGACAUACUCUACCUCGAUGCCUUCCAGAAGCUGGGCUGGGCUAGGGAAAAUCUAAGCCCAAUGUGCUCGGCGCUCACCGGUUUCACGGGAGAUUCAAUAUCGCCCCUGGGGGCUAUUACUUUGCCCUUGACCCUGGGGACCCCGCUAAGGUCGAAGACGGUGAUGACCACCUUCCUGGUGGUCGACCUCCCCACUGCUUACAAUGCCAUACUUGGUCGGCCGACCCUCAAUAAGGUCAGAGCCGUUGUCUCGACCUACUACCAGACCAUCAAGUUCCCAACCCGUGCUGGAGUUGGGGAAGUCACAGGAAGCCCCCGAGAGUCCAGGCGGUGCUACCUCACCUUCGUUACGUUGGGCAAGAGAGCCAGGACCGAGUCGUCCCUGGAAGAUCCGCGGGAAGCGAAAAAACUGGCUCCUCAUCCCGAGCCGAAGGGAUCCACUACGGACGUUCCUUUGCGGGAAGCUUGGCCGGACCAGACGGUCAAGAUCGGAUCAGAGCUACCUGAGCGGGAACGGGAGCAGCUCGUCGGUCUCCUACGGAAAAAUGCCGACAUCUUCGCCUGGUCCCCAUCAGACAUGACGGGUGUCAGCCCCGAGGUUGCUGAACAUCAUCUCAACAUCCCGCUUGACGCUCGACCAGUGAAGCAAAAGCCCCGGCGCCAGGCCCCAGACCGACAACACGCCAUACAAGAAGAGGUGGACCGGCUCUUGGCCGCGGGCUUCAUAGAAGAAGCCAAAUAUCCUAAAUGGCUGUCCAAUAUCGACCAGCUGGUCGACGCGACGGCCGGUCACGCGCGACUCUCUUUUAUGGAUGCCUACUCAGGGUAUAACCAGAUCAGGAUGACGCCCGAAGACAGAGAGCACACGGCCUUCCUCACCGGUCAAGGGGUGUACUUCUACAAGGUCAUGUCGUUCGGGCUAAAGAAUGCUGGAGCCACAUACCAGAGGACGGUAAACAAGAUGUUCGCCCAUCAGAUCGGGAGGAACAUGAAAGUCUACGUGGACGACAUGAUUGUGAAAAGCCGAGAGGCCGGAACGCACCUUGCCGACUUGGCCGAGGCCUUCGCCACGCUGCGCAAGUUCGGCAUGCGGCUCAACCCCACAAAGUGCGCUUUCGGCGUCACCUCCGGGAAGUUUCUAGGGUUCAUUGUACACCAGAGAGGAAUCGACGCCGACCCGGAGAAGGUUCAGGCAAUAAUCAAUAUGCAGUCCCCCCGGACGAUUAAAGACCUGCAGCGACUUAACGGCAGACUGGUCGCUCUGUCUCGCUUCCUCGCCCGAUCAGGCGAUCGCUGCCUCUCAUUCUUCAAGGCGCUUAAAAGCCCGAAGAACUUCCAGUGGACGUCAGAAUGCGAGGAGGCUUUCAAACAGAUGAAGCAGCACCUGGCCAGCCUUCCCCGGCUCGCCUCCGUCUCCCCCCGUGAGAAGCUGGCCCUCUACUUGGCGGCCUACCCGCAUGCAGUCAGCUCUGUGCUGGUCAAGGAAAGCCCCGGCCAACAGCUCCCGAUCUACUACGUCAGCCACGUCCUGAGUGGACCUAAGGAGCGUUACCCGCCGAUAGAGAAACUCGCGCUUGCCUUGGUGCUCUCGGCUCGGAAGUUGCGCCCCUACUUCCAAGCGCACCCGGUGGAAGUCGUCACCGACCAACCUCUCCGACAGGCUCCCGAGGCUUGGACCCUACACGUCGACGGCUCGACCAACUCAAGGGGCGCCGGCGCGGGGCUGGUUCUCCUCGCCCCCGACGGACGCUCGUUUGAGCGCUCCCUCCGCUUCUGGUUUAAAGCCACCAACAACGAGGCGGAGUAUGAGGCGCUCCUGGCGGGACUAAGGCUGGCCCUCGAGAUGCAGGUGGACGCGAUACACGUCCACACCGACUCGCAACUUGUGGCCGAGCAGCUCAACGGCGGGUACGAAGCUAGGGACACAACCAUGGCGAAAUACCUAGCCCGGGUAAGGGACCUAACCGCCAAGUUCCAUUACUUUACGCUGUCUAAUGUUCCGAGGGAGGAAAACGAGCGAGCCGACGCGCUGGCCAAGCUGGCGUCGAGACCAACCCCUGAAGCGGGGACGGAGGUUGAGGAGCUCCCUGCCCGCACCAUCGAAAUAGCAACUACGGCCCCGAGCAGCACGCCGAUCACGUGGGUGCAAGAGCUACUGCGCUUCAAGAGGGAUGGAACCCUUCCCCUCGACGAAGGCGCGGCUCGGCGCCUGCGUCGCACGCAUGCAUGGUACACCGAGGAGUGUGACCGCCUCUACAAACGGUCCUUCACCUAUCCCCUCCUAUGA